CUUUUCGGCAUUUCAGCCACACUCAGGGCUCCUUACAAAUACAAUCCCAAAAUUCCCCGCCGUUGGAGACAAAAGGGGAAAUCCCUCAAAAAAAAUCUCGAAAAAGGUGAAAUGGUGAGAAAGCGGCGAUUUUCUCAGGUUUCGACGAGCUCCGACGAGGACGAGCCCAAAAAGAGAUCGUCCCGAAAGGAGAAGAUCCUUCGACACGACGACGACGAAGACGUCGCCGGCGACGGAAACGACGAGAAAUCACGGCCAAAUGGCGGUGGAGACGGCGGCGUGGAAGCGGAGGACGUGAACGAGACGAGAACGGAGAGGAAAUCUUCUAGAAAGAAGAAGAUCGUUCGAGCCGCCGCCGACGACGAAAAAGACUCCGGCGCCGACGACGGGGAGGAGAAAUCAGAGACGAAGGAAGGCGGAGAUGGGGGAGGAGAGGAGGAGGAGGCGGAGGAGAACGUAGAGGAGGAGGAUACGCAGGCGGUCCCGAUCGGAGAUCCCAUUAGGGUUUCGGGAAAGGGGAAGAAGAGGAAGACGCACUACUCCUCCUUCGAGUACGAGGGCAACGUGUUUGAGCUCGAAGAUCCGGUGUUAUUAUCUCCUGAGUCUGAGGAUGAGAAGCCAUAUGUUGCAAUAAUAAAGGACAUAGCAGAUUCAGGCAAUGGCUUGAUGGUUACUGGACAAUGGUUUUACCGUCCUGAAGAAGCUGCCAAAAAAGGAGGCGGGUACUAUCAAGCACGAGAUACAAGAGAACUUUUCUAUAGCUUCCAUCUGGAUGAUGUACCUGCCGAAUCUGUUAUGCAUAGAUGCAUUGUCCAUUUUGUUCCAUUAAAUAAGAAGCUACCAGUUCGAUCGCAGCAUCCAGGAUUUAUAGUACAGAAGGUUUAUGACACCGUUGAGAAAAAACUGUUUAAAUUAACUGAUAAAGACUACGAGGACUGUAAGCAGGAUGAGUUAAACCAACUUGUUAACAAAACAAUGGAACGUCUAGGAGAGCUUCCAGAUGUUGUACCUGAAGAUGCACCUGCAGAUCGCUGUGAUCAGCCAAUAAGUAAAUGGAACCUUAGGAGAAAAAAUAUGCCUCCAAUUGAUACUUCCAGGGCUGACGGGGCAUCUAUAAAAUCUCCUAGAGCUGAAACACCUGCUAGCUGUCCAAGCGAUGCUUCAGUAUACUACCUGAUUUUAGCAAAAUUCAAAGCAUUGACUGGUGAUUCAUAUCGUGAUAGAUGGUUAGAGAAACUUCUGCAAGGAAUUCGGCAAGCAUGUAAUCCGAAGGAAGAUGCACCAAAAGAGAAUGGAGAGAAUGCAUCAAAAGGGAACAGAGAGAAUGCAUCAAAGGAGAAUGGUGAGAACACAUCAAAAGAGAAUGGAGAGAAGGAUGGCACUGCUGUGUCAACUUAUCGUGCAAAUGGCAACACUGAUGUGGAAAAGAGACAAGAUGCUUGUGAAAGUUUUUGCUGGCCAGAUUCAGCUGUAGCGUCAAUAACCGCACUCGAGAAGGCUUCACAUGAAACCCUUGGUUCUGAUUUUCAGAAAUAUAACCAGAAGAUGAGGCAGUUAGUUUUUAAUUUUAAGAAUAAUGCAUUAUUAGCUAGACGCUUACUGAAGAAGGAGUUGGAUCCUGCAGUUAUUCUUAGCAUGUCUCCAAACGAACUAAAGGAAGGUCGGACAGCAGAUGAGAAAACAACAAAGGAACCUGAGAAGUCAGAACACAUUCAGAUGACUGAUGCUCGAUGUUCGAGAUGCACAGAAAAGAGAGUAGCUGUGACAGAUAUCAUCCAUGCUGGAGGACAUGGGAAUCGUUAUCAGCUUGAAUGCCAAGCCUGUGGUCAUUCCUGGUACGCAUCUGGUGAUGCCAUCUCCUCGUUGACUAUCGAUGCACCAAAUCCUGCUGGAAAUGUAGGAACAGCACCUUGGGCUACGGCCAAAUUCGAAGAUGUCGAGAAAAAACUGGUGAGCCCUCGUGAUCCUGAGAAGGCUUCCGUCGAUGUUUUUCAGAAGUCCACAGCAGCAUAUAUGCCCGCCCUUGAGCCUCAGAAAUCUUUCAAUCGAUCAAAGAAUGAUGAAACCCUUGCAACAACUGCUCCUAUUCGCGAAUAAUAUGACACUUAGUUAUCAUAUUAAUGUAUAUAAGAAGUAAUAUCCUUUCCUUUUUUUCUCCUCUAGUUCAAGUUACGAAUACACUGUAUUUAACACUUAAGAGGUGGAUAUGAUAAUAGCUGACUCGGCGGAGGUAGCAUACCCCCAAA